AUAAUAAAAGAAUAGGCUAAAAGCCGAAGCGAUAAAAUUUUAUAAAUCAAUUUUUGUGUAUGCAAUUCAACAUUUUUCGCUUCAAAUAAGUUAAUUUGUAUAUAUAGUGUAUAUAGAUAUGAGCACACAAACUCGAACCAGCGGCGGAGGUCGCAAUCAAAAGAAGUCAAAUACCGUCACUGGUGGUGGCGGCGGCGGCGGAAGUGAUCCCACUGGUCAAACAGUAACCAAAAAGACAGAUGUUGUUAAAACAGAAAAAGAAAAGGGCCACAUUAAGCCAACUGCUGAACAAUUAAGGAUUGCCCAGAUAACAAACAGCAAUACAAAUGAGGACCCGCAGAUGCGUGAAAAAGUUGCUACGUUGAUAGAGAUGACGCAACGGUCCGAGGAAGAAGUAUGCUGUGCUUUGUAUGAAUGCGAUAACAAUUUAGAAAAGGCAGUUGUGUUCUUGUUGGAAACCUUACCAGUGGGCGCAUUUGAAACUUCAUCAAAGAAGAAAAAAAAUAAGGCUGCAAAUGCUGCGCAGGAAGGUGAAGGUGAAUGGAAUGACUCAAAUGCUAACACGGAUAAACGUGAAAAAUCGCGUAACCGUUCUAGUAAUCGUGGUGGUCGCGGUGGUACUGACAGUCGUGGAUGGCGUGGUAGAGAGUCUCGUGAAAAUGAUCGCAAUUUACGAGAAUCUCGUGGUGACAGAGACCGGGGUGGUGAUCGUGGUGACGACAAUUAUCGUCGUGGUGGUGGCCGUAGUGGCGGUGGCCGAGGUGGUAGCUAUAUGGGACGUGGUGGUAGAGGUGGUGGUCGCAUGGGUGGACUUGGUAGAGGACCACGAAAUGAUCGUGGUAGUCAUAGUUACGGAUCUCGCCAAAAUACCAAUGAAGAUCAUCAAGAGGUUGAACUGUGGGAUAAUACCAUAGCCCAAAAUGCUGAAAAGCAACAACAGUCGCAAGAUGAUGCAUGGGGAGAUUGGGACAAUGAGGAGUAUAUGGGUUCUUUGAAAGAAAGUCAAGUAUUUACACCAAGUAAUUUGUCAAAUCAGACAACGGCGAAUGUUGUUAGUGGCAAUACUGGUGGUACUUCUGAACUAUCAGCGCCACCUGGUCUAGAGCAUCAUUUAGGUACAUCAGUGCUUGGUGGUGCUUCUUCACAGCAACAAGGAUCUCAUUUAAAUGCUCUAGUAGGCAGCGCAGUAAACGCUGGUAGCAAUCUUGUGGAAGAUGCAUCAUCUGUGACUGGUGUUCAAAAUUCGGUAUCCUCUGUUACUUCACCAUUGAUGCAGUAUAGUGCUGCUGUUAACAAUACCGCACUACAACAGCAAUCAGUGUCGGGAACUGCAAAUAGUGCGCUGACGGGAGCAUCUCUCAAUGCUUCACAAUAUAAUAGUGCAGUGGACAGUUUUACCAAUGCUUCCGCUGCUGCAGCAAAUUUAGUACAACAAGUUCAGCAACACCAUCAGCAACCACAGAUAAAACCUUCCGGUACCCUAUCUGCGGAACAAUCUCAGUAUUUCAAUUCACUUACGUCGCAGAGUGCAGCUGCAGCUAAUGUACAACAACAGCAAAUGGUGUCAUACGCACAAAACAGCGGAGUACAAUAUCCAACAUCAUAUGCAAACGUUUUUGGUAAUUCUGCUACAUCAAAUGUAGGUGGAAGUGUGACUGUUGAUCAAACGCAAUUGUCUAAUGCACAGCAGCCACAAGUUAGAAGGACGCGACCAAAAUUACCACCACCGUCAAAGAUACCAUCGACUGCUGUUGAAAUGCCAGGUGAUACUCUAAAUAAUAUUGGUUAUCUCGAUGUGCAAUUUGGAGGUUUAGAUUUUGGCAAUGAAGAUUCUUUUGAUACUCUUUCGGAGAAGUUUAACAAUUCUGUGACGAUUGAUGCACAACAACAGCAAUUAGUGCAAUCACAACAGGAUGUUACGAAUGAUUAUCAAGGGAAAACGAAUGUGCAACCAUCUACACUUACUACUGGACUGCAAAAUUCCCAAAUUGGAGACUCUUUAUCCACCAGUUACGUUCAACGAAGUUCUAAUCAACAGCAACAAGUUUCCUCAAAUGUCAAUAAUGUUGCAUCUGUUAGUGGAAAUAAUAAUGCAUUGGAUCAGUUAGCUAAAAAUGACCCAUACAAUCAAUCCAACUCAACAAAUGCAACUGGAUAUCAAAGCAGUUAUCAAACUAAUCCCACUGGUAAUAAAUCGAAUAAUGCUUAUCAACAAAAUGCACCACAGGGCUAUACUAACUCAAGUUAUGUUAACGUUCAGUCAUCAGCAGCAAAUACGUAUCAACCGCAAUACGGUUCCUAUCAACAGAAUUCAGUAAAUACGUAUCAGCAGUCACAACAGACCGGCGCUGCCCCAAGCACUACGAAUGCAGUUGUUAGUAAUAAUGUCAGUGGUAGUGGUAGUUCAUCACAAAACAUUCCUGUUGGUGGCAAUGGUACAAAUAGUUCAACCGGAAACACUAAUGCUGCAUAUUUAUCGACGGGUUAUCCAUCACAGCAAAAUUCAUAUCAGACCAGUCAGAAUGUUUAUGGUAAUACUGGCCUGACAAGUAAUACAGGGUUUGCUGGUAGCACAAGCACAUCAUCGUCUCAAUACAGUAACUUUAGUACUAGUGCUAAGUUAAAGGACACUACAUCUGCAUCUAACACCACGCAUUUUGACAGUGCUUCGUCAAACAGUGCUAGCAAUAGCAAUACUUCAGUGAGUUCGGUAUCCAGCGCAGUUAAUGCAGCAGCCACUGCUGCAAAUAGCAUCAGUUCCACAUCGCUUGGAGGAUUAUCGAACUCGAAAGUUUCAAAUUCUGCCUCUUCUAAUAGUGUCAAUGCGAAUAGUGCAAAUUCUGUUGGUAAUAAUAAUACCAGUGCAACUAACAGUGCGAACAGCGUUAGUAGUGUUAAUAACAACAAUGUAUCCUCAGUCGUAGCAGCCACUGCAUCCGCUUCUACUGUUUCGUCAGGCAAUAAGAACAGCGCAGCUAAUAAUGCUGGUAUGGUGUCUAAUAUUCAAAUGGUUAGUCAAUAUAUUCAGACUGGAUUGCCAUAUUAUCAGCAACCAGUAUAUUCAUACGAGGAUAUACAAAUGAUGCAACAGAGAGUGCCACAUGUGCAGGGCUUCUAUGAUUUGAAUUACACCCCCACAAGUUUGGGCGCUGGUCGUGACAACUUGGGUUCAGUGGCAUAUUCUACUAUGACUGAUGGCCGAUUUGCAAGGACCGACAAUAACUCUAGCCCAGUGAGUAAUGUAUCGAGUACAAUGUCACAACAAGCAGGUUCAAGCGCGCCUAUGCUUAAUGUUCCUUACGCGUAUUUCUAUGGUGGCAAUGUUAUGCCUGGUGGUUUUCAAUAUGGUACGCCGGCUAUAUAUCCUCAACAAAUUCCUGCUGCUAAUACAGCAUCUGGUGGUCAAUUCCCAAAACCAUCUUAUAAUACUGGUUACGGUUCAACUAGUUAUGAUGCACUUACGCAAGCUUCACAGGAUUAUACAAAGGGGGCAUACCCUUCUAAUGUGAACCAGCCGACAAAGUCGCAGAAUGUCACAAAUCCACAGCAAGGUGCAACCGGUUCGGACAUUACAUCGUCCAUGUAUGGCAAGGGACAUGUAGCAUUAAACAAGGUCAAUUCAUAUGAAAAGCAAAAUUUCCAUUCUGGUACUCCACCACCAUUUAAUAUGAGUAACACACAGACAGCUGGUGGUGCAUCCGCUCAGCCCUAUGGCAUGUAUUUACCAAUGCCUGCAGCUGGUCAUCAUAACAUGAUUCAUCAACCAAUACAUCAGAUGGACGGCAGGAUUCAUAACUCAUCCCGCCGGGAUUCGAACAGUACAGGUCAGCGUCAGCAAGCUAGUAGCCAAGCUAAGUCGGCUGCUAAGCAGAAUUACUCACCUUCGUAUUGGACAGGACAAAACUAAAUCUUUUACAUAUAAACAAAAAAAAAAGCAAAAAGCAAAAACACUGUAUUGAAUGGUCCAAUCUUAGAUCUGUUUAUUACCAUUCAACACAAAGAAGAAACAAUGUCUCGUUUUUAUGAUGAAUACCCACAAGAAAUAUGAAAUCAUUUGAUUUUUAAAACAACAACAACAACAACAACAAACAAACAGAAAAAAACAGAAAACAAAUUUAGUAAAAUAUGUCCUUUGUACAUCAUCUACUAAUUAAUUCAUUAACUUAUACUAUACCACCAUACUCCUCUCCCAUGCACCAAAAACAG